AUCUAUUUAUCGGUUUUAACGAAGAUGAAACUUUACAAAGUUUAGUCGUUGACUCUACAAAGAAUAAGCCAGAAGCUAAGGAUGAAGAGAUUCUAAUAAAAUGUAAGGAGCGUCUAACAGCAAUAGCAACUUCUGAUGGAAUUGUGAGAGCCGAACAAUCAAUGUUAGAACAAGACGAAAUCGAACAAU